AUGGGCCAAGCCCCUUCUCAGACGCGGCGGACUCGGCGGACGCACGAGGAACUGACACAGGAGCUUGCGUACAGAUUCAAGGAAAAGUGCUUCACGUCGCUGGAGUACUACUCACUGAAGGAUGUCUUCAAGAAACUGGCCGACCAGCAGGGCGACAUACGGUAUCUCAAGGAGGACACCAUAGCUCGCUUCCUCGAGAUCCCAGACAUCCUCGGGGCUUCGCCGGUCAUCUUCCACAUGAUCUCGUAUCUGGGUGCGUUUCCCUUUCUGCAGGAGGCCCCCGUGGUGCUCGAGCUGGCGCAGUUGAUCAUGGUCGUUGUCAUCAUGACGGAGCGAUAUAAGCGCGUUCUUGCGAAGGGCUCGACAGACAGGACGAAAUUAUUUUUUAAAAGCUUGGCUGUGUAUGACCGGAAAGUGAUGGAGGAGACCGGUUCUUCACCGCGGAAUUCCACUUCAAAAGACGCCACUGCGAGGCCGAGCGCCAACACAAGAGGCUUUGCAAUCGACGAGCCGAUGGCCGAGGACGAGGAUGAUGGCGACGACGACGACGAUGAUCUUGUCAUUACGGCCUUCGAGCUGCUCGACAUCGAUGAAGCUACCAAGCACGGAGAAGCCGCUGCCAUUAAAGAAGCCAUCAUCCCGACCGACAACUUCCGCAAACUUAUUAUGCUGCUGCUGCUGAUUGCGCCACUGGAUGCUCAGGAGAGUCUAUCGCAAUAUUCCAGCCGGGUCGCGGGCCCCGAACUAGAGUCGCUGCGAGCCACGGCAGAGUGUGUACUAGCAUCCUUCGUCGAUGUCGAGACGUCGCCAGGCAUUGGAUAUACCCGGUUCAAGACUGUCAUUCCGGUCCUAUUCCCCAACCUCUUUGCUGGGUUCAAUGGCCUGUUUGAACACUUUCUUUUCUCCAAGGAUCUGGACUUCUCGAAGCACAAGGUUGAGAAGCCUGGUGACGAGCAGCUCAUCAUUGGCAAGAUUGCGCAACCUCUGCUCCCAACCCCUGGCGACAUCAUGACUGAGCAUACGCUGUCGCAACUUUCACUGUUUCUACCUGGCUCCUCUCUGUUCCGAAGAGUGAGAUUGCUCUAUUCGGGAAACGAUGCUGGAUUCUCCAUGGGCAGCCUCCAGACCAAGGUCUUUAACUGGAGAGCCCCAACCAUUCUUCUAGUCAGCGGAUCGAGAUUAGCAGACGUCCCCGAGGGAGGCCAAGAGGCAUCGUUCGCCUCUUCGCUUCCCACCAAACGGUUCCCUCAUGGUAGUAAAUCCGAGCGUGUAACGUUUGGCGUGUACGUUCGAGAGCCUUGGAAGCACACGCACAAAGAGUGCUUCGGCAAUUCGGAAACAAUACUCUUUCAACUAGAACCCAUUCACGAUGUUUUCCCUGCCUCUACAAUCAAUACAGACUACGUCACCUUCACGAAACCACCUGGCAACCGGCCCUGUCUAGCAUUUGGGUGCCCACACCCCAAACCGACGCAGUCGCAUCGCAAGGAGGGCAUACAUGCUUUAGGAGCCGUGUCUCUGUUGUUUGAUGAAUCUUUCGAGUUCGGAGUCUUCAAUCAUGACUACAAGUCGAGAGGGGGCGCUUUCCACACUAGCAUCGUGAGGAAAUAUGAUUUUCAGGAUCGGUUUCGAAUCGAGAACAUGGAAGUCUGGGGAUGUGGUGGUGACGAGGAGGCCAAGGCGCAAGCAGAGAGAUGGGCUUGGGAAGAACGUGAAGCGGAAGCCCGUCGCAGGAUCAACCUUGGGACGGGUGACAUUGAGGCGGACAGGGCAUUGCUGGAGAUGGCCGGGCUAGUAGGAGGGAAUCGCAGCGGCGGUUCAAUGGGUUGA